AUGGCCACCAACACGACGAACAAGGAAUCCUCACAACAACCACAACCACAACAACAACUUGAACAACAAUCCUCGCAUUAUUGGAAUCCUUGUACUACUACUACGACUCUUCAACACCACACGAAUGAAGAUUCUUCUCGUGUUUUAAAGGUAUUCAAUAAUGCCUGUACCUCACAGCAACACUGUGAACAUGUAGCUCAGAAGGAGUUACACUCUGACAUGUCAUCACUCUUCUCUGUCAAUAACAAUAACAACCACUCGAUGAAGGAGUUUCCGCUAUCACAGAGUCCACCACAACCACCACAACCACCACAACCACAAGAACUCACACUGACAGACGUCUUCUUUCCACCAUUCACAUUAGAAACUUCCUCGGCGGAUAACCAUGUCCGGGAGAAUUGGAAAAUCAACACACAUGUUUCUGGUCAUGAAUCGUCGUUGAGUGAAAUCGAACGCUCUGGUCAUCAAUCAUGUGUUCCGCUUUCAACAACAAUUAGCACUCAUGUAAAUACUUUUGAAAAACAAUUGAAGAAUAACAAUGAAAAAGACGACCAAUUGUUGGAGGAGGGAAAAUUAACAACUCCAAUUAUUGAAUCAGAUGCUAAUUUUAAUCCCAUCUCUUGCAUCACAUGUAGACGAGGACAUAAACGAUGUGGACGUCAGUUGCCAUCUUGUCAUGAAUGCAUUUCAAAAGGAAAAGUUUGUGACUAUCCUGCAGCCAAGAAAAGAGGUCGAACCGUGGGUAGCAAAAACAAGAUUCAAAAAAAGAAACCUGUCACGAUCAGUGUACUUGGAUUGGACAGUUUUGAAAAGGGAAAGCAAAAUAACAAGUGUGUGCAAGUGACCCUCUUAACUCCUCAACCACUAACACCUUCUUCCUCAACAGCAGCCACCACUCAAAUAAGCAACACCUAUUCUCAAAACAAAAAUCAACAAUAUUCCUCCGUGACCACGAUUCCCUUGAUGACAAGUGACAGUCAGUCCAUUCAAGGUCAUGUAAAGAAGAGAACAAGAAAAGCGAAUUUGCUUCCAAAUGGACCUCCAUCGACCAUCAUCAUCACCACCACUCCUACUCCUCCUAUUACAAAUACCACCUUUAUUCAAGAACAUGCCACUCUAACCUUACAUCCACUCACUCGUGUGGAUCAAUCGUCAAAUUCCACCACCACAACGACGACGACGACGACAAUGACACCUGCAAUGUCACUUCCUCAAUCUUCACAUAGGAAACCACCUCCAGUACAACCACCACUUGACCUUUCUUCACAAAAUAAUCACAACUUUCAAAUCAAUGAAUCGAACUUGUCUUCCUCAAUGGUCUCUACUAUUACGAAUGGUGUUUCAACAGUUCCAAUAAUGACUUGUAAGACAACACUUUUACAAAACAUUGAAAAGAGAGAUGAAAUGAAUCAGAAAGCAUCUCCGCAAGUGUUGAAUGUUCAUCAUGAUCAGUAUUUGCUUUCGAGUGAUAGUAAGGAGAAUACCACCACUCCCUCUAUGAAUACACCUUCAAUGAAUGCCUCUUCUUUCCACUCCUUCAUUUGUGAACGACAAGAAAUGUCAAAUUCCAUAUUUGGUAAAACUGACACAUUUGUGAAUUCCUCAAAUCGGAUUCAAGAAGAUUCGAAUGACCAAACCAAUCAAGCACCUGUAAAUUCUGAAAGAAGCACUACCUUAUCUCAAAGAAGCACCAUUUCCACACCCUCCCAGUCUUUGACUAUUGAAAAUAUUUUACAACUCUUUCAAAUGGCCAUUCAAAAUCAUGCGGAUCCUUCCGUUCUGCACCAUUUAUGGCCACUCAUUUUGAAACAAGGAAAUACUUCAGAAGUCAUGAUGCCAUUCCUUCAGCAACAUGGAUCACAGUUUUCCACUUCCACGAUACAACACUCAACCACGACGAACAUGAUGAAUUUAAAUACUUCAACAAUCACAACUCCAACAGUUGGAAAUUUUCCAAAUCAAACCAUUCAACAUUCUCUCCAACUUCCACAAGUCAUUGACGAAGCUGUGUAUGACACUUUUGAACGAAAUGCAGUUCUGUCGCAAGUCGUUCUUCAACAACAAACAGUGGAUCUUUUUUUUGGAGUUGUGACAGCUGGCGUUUCGAUCAUUCCUCAAAGCAAGUUUCAAAAUAUAUUGGCUGAAAAGGAAAGUUAUGGAACCAGUACUCAAUAUUUUGCAUUGUUAUAUGCGAUUCAAUGUUUUUGUUAUCAGAGAUUUGGAAAUAAUGAAAAUGCCAUUCGAUCGUUUCAAAGAAGUAAGGAAUUACUAUUUUCGGAAUAUCAUGAUUUGGAUCAACCGAGUUAUUUGAUGGCAGCUAUUUGUUGUUAUUUAGCAUCCUAUGCUGCAGCAUCUUCUAUGGAUCAAGACGCCACUGAGUUGGUAGCAAUCACAAAAACCUACCUGUCACAAAUCAAAGAUUUGGACGAUGCAUUAAUUUGUCUUAAACGAGCGUGUAUACUGGCAACUUUUAUUACACAUGAUUUCGAUUAUGAACAUAUUGGUGUUUCACACUAUAUUCAACGUAAAUUACUUGAAGGAUACCAAUACAGCUCGGGUUCCAAUUUCGUUCCAGAAGAAUUACUUUCCAUCCUGAAGCAACCACUCACCAAAGAAACACUUCCCAGAUAUUUGUACUUUGUGGACAAAAUUUAUGAAUGUUACUCCAAAUAUGACAGUACUAAAAAGAAUGUGGCAGAAAAGGGAAAAAUUUUAUCUCAUCUCAUCAUUUCUAUUGCCCUUGUUUCGUAUCGAUUAGGAAUUUUGAGAGAGUUGGGUCUGCGAGGAAGAGAACUUCGAUCGGUGACAGAAGAAUUAACACGUCUCUCGUCACAUCCACUGUUUGGUUAUAUUCCACCUUUUUUAUUGAGUGGAAUUGCUAUUGGAUGGAAGUCACAUGCGGAAGCGAUUGAGGAAAUUGAAAAUGAAAUUCAAAAAGAGAAUUGCAAUCAACAUUUAAGGCAGGAGCUUAUUUACUAUCAUGACAUGUUAGAAAGAGAUUUAUUGUCUGCUAGUUUAAUGGGAAAGAGAUUUGUGAAGGUUUUUAGGGGAUUCGGUCAUAUAGUGCAGAGAAUGAUCGAUUGUGCUCGAAGAAAGGCAUUGAUGAAGGUCGGAGAGGAAGAGGGAAAUACUUGUUCAAUAAUGACGGCGAACAGUGACAGCUCGUCGACAACUUUGACACCAUCUCUGAAUUUAACAUUGGAAUCGUUCCAAAAUAUGUUCAGACAAUUUAAUCAGUAG